AUGUUCAUGGUGAUGAGCUCGAUUGCAGAGGUGGAUGACAUUGCCAACACCUUCAUCUCCCUCGGCUUCUUCGUCCUCCUCAACUUUGUGGGUCAACUCACCCACUUCAUCUUCCUCCUCCUCAGCCUUGUUGUGCUCUGCAAGAAUCCCUUCACCAUUCUCAAAUACUCCUUUCCAAGCUACUUCAUUGCAUUCGCCACAACAAGCGCUGUGGUCUGCUUACCGAAGGCCUUCAUUGCCUGUGACAAAUACGGCAUUCCUCAACGCAUCUCCCGAUUUGUGCUGCCGUUUGCUGGAACUAUGAAAAGUGACGCGUCGGCCGUCUUCAUUGCGGCCUCGUGUUUGUUCGUCGCUCAACAGGCAAACGUUGAGCUUGAUGCUGGCAAAGUUGUCAUCGUGAUCAUUCUCGCCUUCGCCUACGUGACUGCAUUGCCCAAUAUUCCGAGUGCCAGUGUGGUGGCUGUGGUGACUAUUCUAGGAUCCAUUGGUGUGGAUGAGAAGGGCGCAUCUCUGCUCUAUGCCGUUGAGUUCAUCAAACCGCCUUGCCUCGCCUUCAAAUGUCACCUCUUCACUUCGAAGCUGCUUACUUACACUUGUAGUAAUCGUCUGCGAUCAGGCAAUACUAUCCUCUCCCACACCUUCUGCACCGCUUUCCUGUAUCACAUGUGUGAGGAGGACCUGAAGAAAAGAAAAGAGGGAGGUGAAGUGUUGGAAACUGCAGAGGAGACGCACAGCACAGCCUUCUGA